AAAUCAGGGAUGUUAUCGGAUCCGGAUUUUACCCGAAUCGCCCUUUUACAUAGCAGAGAGACGAGAAAGCGGAUACCUCACAAAAUGGUACCCCUCCGUCGCCUACUCUGCGCCGCCGCCGCCCGCCCCUUCUCCUCUGUGGCGCCCGAGGCCCGCACGCAGAGGAUCCAGCAGAUCGCCGAUGAUCUUCUUUCCCUGACGGAGGAGGAGCGCAAGGACUACUCUAUCCUGUUCCGUCUCCGCCUCGGACUCCACAAUCUGGUGCAGUCCGGCGCCGGGCUGCCCUCCGCUGCGCCGGGUCAGGCGGCCGAAGCUGCGAGCGUGGUCGAGGAGAAGGAGAAGACUGCGUUCGACAUUAAGCUGGAGAAGUUCGACGCGGCGGCCAAGAUCAAGGUCAUCAAGGAGGUGAGAACGUUCACCGAUUUGGGGCUGAAAGAGGCCAAGGAGCUGGUGGAGAAGGCCCCCGUCGUGCUCAAGACCGGGGUGACAAAGGAGGAGGCGGAGGCGAUCGCUGCCAAACUCAAGGCGGUCGGCGCCACUAUCGCGCUGGAGUAGAAACAUAAGUCAAGGUCUCAACUUUACACCAUUUUCAUGUUCAUUGUUGCCUAUCUUCAGCAAGGAAACUGGUUGAACUAAUUGAAUGCAUUUUUUUUUGUUGUUUUGUUUCGAGCACAAACUAAAAGACUUGAUGAUUCUGUUGGCCUGUUCUCAGUUUUCUCCUAAAACAAACACAGUCCUUCAGUGUAGAAUCAAUGGUUGCUGCAAGUUCAUUAUCUUGUUUUAGCUAAAGUGACACUAAUUGGUAUUUUAAUCUAAGAACUAAGCUUCUGUGUUGUUCA